AUGAUUGGAAAACAGCAACAGUACACUGUUAAUGCUGAACGUGAUGCUGUGGAGCAGUCAUUAAGAAAUCCAAACUGUUCAAAUGAAGGAACACAUUGUGGUUGCAUGUUGCACCAUGUGAUAAUCCAGCCACAGCAGGCUACAGAACACUCAUGGUCACUCUGGAAAACAUUUCUAAUGUGUGUUUUGGCCUGUUUAGUUGCCAUGGCCAUUACUGUUCUGGUCUUUUAUUUUGGCCCCUUUGGCAAGGCAACUACCAAUACCACUAUCAUCGUUCACACAGACGGGAGGUCCAGUGAGGACCACUUCAUUCCUCCUUCGACCCCAUCUUUUUCUUCAUCAUUUCCACCUGAAUCUCAGAGCACUCUGCCUCCUACUCCUGUGGCUACCCUAAGCUCAUCUACCAAUAUACCCACAUCUGCUAUGACAACAACAAGAAUCACAACUAUGGAACAUGAAGCUGAAAUCGAGUAUGAUGGACAAUUUUGA